AUGGCGAAGAUACGAUUCAUUUUAGGCGUGAUUGCGUUGCUAUCUACAAUCGUUCAUGCAGUAUCUACUGGGAAGCAUGACCUACGUCGUGUCAAAAGACAGUCGUCGGCAGAGCGACUGGUCUUUGCACACUUUAUGAUUGGAAUCACCAGCAACCGAAACAGUGCUUCGGAUUAUGAUGAUGAUAUGAAGCGUGCUAAGUCUUUGGGGAUUGAUGCAUUCGCCCUGAACAUCGGCGUAGACCCCUAUACUGACCAACAACUCCAACUGGCAUACGAAUCGGCCGCCAACAAUGACAUGAAAGUCUUUCUUUCAUUUGAUUUCAACUGGUGGUAUAUUGAUCAGGCUACCGCAGUUGGCCAGAAGGUUGCCCAGUAUGCUAGCAACCCUGCACAACUUCUCGUCGAUAACAAGGUGUUUGUUUCAUCAUUCGCCGGGGAUGGAAUGGAUGUUGCAGCUUUGCGAGCCGCAGCUGGAAGGUCGAUCUUUUUCGCACCUAACUUUCACCCUGCUACUGGGACAGAUAUCUCGCCAGUUGACGGCCUCUUGAAUUGGAUGGCAUGGCCAAACAAUGGAAACAACAAAGCACCAACUCCAGACCACAAUAUUACUGUAGCUGAUGGGGAUCGAGAAUAUGUCGACGCCCUUGGCGGAAAGGCCUAUAUUGCCCCUGUAUCGCCGUGGUUUUUCACGCAUUUCGGCCCUGAAGUUUCUUACAGCAAGAAUUGGAACUUCCCCUCUGAUCUCCUGUGGUUUAACAGAUGGAAUGAGAUCCUUGCGCUGAAACCGCGAUUUGUCGAGAUUGUGACAUGGAAUGACUACGGAGAGUCUCAUUACAUUGGUCCUCUGAACUCACCACAUACUGAUGACGGAGCCUCAAAAUGGGUUAAUGACAUGCCCCACGACGGAUGGCUGGACAUUUCAAAACCAUACAUUGCUGCAUUCAAAUCAGGGGACUCGUCUCCCACCAAUCACAUCUCAUCUGAUGAGUUAGUCUACUGGUAUCGUCCUGCACCACGUGGGGUGGACUGCGACUCUACAGAUACCUGCAUGGUACCAGCCAACAAUGGGAGUGGAAACUAUUUCAUGGGCCGUCCAGAUGGAUGGGAAUCCAUGGCGGAUUCUGUCUUCGUUGUCUCGUUACUUACAUCCCCAGCCACAGUGCAGGUCAACAGUGGCGGGACUGUCUAUAAUUACGAGGCACCAGCAGGGGCAAGUGCAAAGGAGAUUCCGAUGGGAGUUGGCUCACAAAGCUUCGCGGUCGUUCGUGAUGGACAGACUACUCUGUCAGGGACAAGUUUGAAGGAGAUCAUCAACGGAUGCGUGUGUGGUUUGUAUAACUUCAAUGCAUAUGUCGGAACCCUUCCAGCAGGAUUCAACGAUUUCCUCCUGCAAGAUGGGCUCUCUUCCUUUAAACAAGGACUCCGUGACCAGUCAUGUCAACCCAGCCCCUCAUUAGGUACAGUUCCUCCAGCUGCUCCAUCUUCUAGCACGAGCACCACUUUUCCAAGUUCUCCAUCGAGUACAACAGACCCUGGACAAUGCUCCAAUUCUCCGUCAACUGUCGUGGUCACCGUUACAAUUACUCAGACUCCACCAGCUUCAACCCCAACUGGCGGUGGGAACGGCGGAGGUGAUAAUAGUGGAGGAGAUGGUAGCAGUCCAGGCGGCGGAGGCGGGGGUAGGACCUGCAUUGCAGGAACAGGAUCCAAUAACCACGCUGGGCUGUGUUCCUUUUGCUGCAAAUAUGGGUAUUGUCCAUCUGGACCUUGCACCUGUACGCAGUAUGGGAGUGCUGUCCCGGGUCUACCAUCAACUGGAAUUCAUGGGGUGCCUCUUGUCGGCGAAGAUGAUUCGUAUCUGGGUCUCUGCAGUUUCGCAUGCGAUCAUGGCUAUUGUCCGCCUACGGCCUGUAGAGUAGCUUGA